AUGGUGGAUAUUGAUCUUUCAUACAAUGAUCUUACCACAACGCCUCUUGAAACAGUGGUUAAUGAUCAUACACGUGUCCGUUCACUGGAUUUAUCGGGAAACAGCUUGUCUGCAGAGUUGUUUAUAGAUAUUGUAGAAAAACAUAUAUCUCGUAUGGUAAACUUGGAGGAAUUGGAUUUAAAAGAUAACCGAAUGGGACCUCGGGGGGCAGAGUAUCUCUGUAAGGCACUCAUGCAGCACUGUCCAAAGCUACGCUACCUUGAUUUAAAUGAAAAUGGUAUUCUUGAUGAGUCCAUGCUGCAUAUAGCCUACUUACUACAGGAGAGUCGCCUACAAUCACUCUUCUUGGUAUCUAAUCAUCUAACUCCACGGGGUCUUCCGACUCUAUGCGACGGUGUUAUUUCUAGCAAUUACAUACGAGAACUGCAGUUAGCGUUCAAUCUUCUUGGUGACGUGGGUGCCUCUCUGCUCGCAAAGGCGCUGCGGGACCACCCAACACUUCGCUCUCUUGACAUCAGCGACAACGGCAUUGGCGAUGCCGGGGCCGUUGCGAUUGCCGAGCAUCUCAUUCUCUCCCCCGCCUCACGACUGGAGUCGUUAACGCUCUCCGUUAAUAAGAUCGCUGACAUUGGAUUUACCGCCAUUGCUGAGGCGGUUGCCCAAACACGCAGUCCACAUCUGCGGCAUUUGGAUCUCGGCUGCAAUGCGGCAGUGGGGCCCGCCGGGAGGACGGCACUCACAGAGAACGCACGGCACAUGCGGCAUCUGCAGCUGCUCGAUCUCUGUUCAUGCAAGUUGACAGAUAUGGACGCGCAGCGGCUUACGGAGGCCGUGCUGUCGGACACCUGCGGAAUUACGCAGAUCGAGUGGUACAAUAAUCCCGCCAUAAAGCUGGAAACAGAAAAGGCGCUUCAUGAGGCUAUUGUUUCAAAGUACGCUGGUUUAAUCCAAAAGGAGAAGCAACGACUCAAACUAAAGCUCCUCGGUGGUGUUGUUUUCGGAGCUACACUGCUGGCCGGUGCUGUCAUCAUAAUGCGCCUCAGACGACGCUAA